AUGUCUUCUCUAUCAACAUCUGAUUUGGCUUCUCUUGAUGAUGCUUCUAAAAAGGAAAUUGCCACUUUCUUAGAGGGUGAGAACUCUAAGCAAAAAGUUCAAAUGUCAAUCCAUCAAUUCACUAACAUAUGUUUCAAAAAAUGUGUUGACUCCGUCAAUAAUCCUGAUUUGAGUUCCCAAGAGGAGCAGUGUCUGUCCAACUGUGUGAAUAGGUUUCUAGAUACGAAUAUCAGGAUCGUGAACGGGCUGCAAAACACCCGUUGA